AUUUUCAUCCUUUCAUCCGGUGGCCGCCAUCUUGACAAAUCGGAGCACUAAGUUGGGAAGUGACUCACCGGCAAGCCGGUAUUUUUCGUAAAAAUACCUGUUAAAAGACUACAGGACAUACACAUAUAAUUAGAUAGGAAACUUAUUAUUUUAAAGAUGUCACAAAUGCUCCCGAUACGUUUUCAGGAGCAUCUGCAGCUCCAAAAUGUGGGAAUCAAUGCAGCAAACAUUGGGUUUAGUUCCCUUACCAUGGAAUCUGACAAGUUUAUUUGUGUACGAGAGAAGGUUGGAGAUACAGCGCAAGUUGUCAUCAUUGACAUGAAUGAUUCGUCAAACCCAAUCAGACGUCCAAUUUCAGCUGACUCGGCAAUCAUGAACCCUGCCAGUAAAGUUAUAGCCCUGAAAGGGUCAGCACAGCCUGGGGAUCCUAAUGCUGGCAAGACAUUGCAGAUUUUCAACAUUGAAAUGAAAAGUAAAAUGAAGGCUCACACAAUGACAGAAGAUGUCUUGUUCUGGAAGUGGAUUUCUGUAAACACUGUUGCCAUAGCAACCGAGACAGCUGUCUUCCACUGGUCUAUGGAAGGUGAUUCGCAACCACAGAAAAUGUUUGAACGUCACUCUAACUUGACAGGUUGCCAAAUUAUCAACUAUCGUACAGAUGCCAAACAACAGUGGCUUCUGCUUGUAGGAAUAUCAGCGCAGCAAAACCGUGUAGUUGGUGCUAUGCAGUUGUACUCUGUGGAAAGAAAAGUUAGUCAGCCAAUUGAAGGUCACGCAGCAGCAUUCGCAUCAAUCAAACUAGAGGGUAAUGCCACACCAUCCACACUCUUCUGUUUUGGUGUUCGAGGUGCACAAGGGGGCAAGCUGCAUAUAAUUGAAGUAGGUCAACCAGCAACAGGCAACACACCAUUCCAGAAGAAAGCUGUAGAUGUAUUCUUCCCACCAGAGGCUCAGAAUGACUUCCCUGUUGCUAUGCAGGUGAGCCAGAAACAUGGUGUAAUAUUCUUGAUCACAAAGUACGGCUAUGUCCACUUGUAUGACAUCGAGAGUGCUACAUGUAUAUACAUGAACAGGAUCAGUGGUGAUACGAUCUUUGUCACUGCGUCCCAUGAAGCCACGUCAGGAAUUAUCGGAGUUAACAGGAAAGGGCAGGUGUUGUCAGUGAGUGUUGAGGAGGAUAACAUUGUGCAGUACAUUGCAAACACCCUGCAGAAUCCAGACUUGGCAAUCAAAGUAGCAUCACGCUCAAACCUGCCAGGAGCAGAAGACCUGUUUGUGAAGAAGUUCAACAUGCUGUUCCAGAGUGGACAGUACAGUGAGGCCGCCAAGGCAGCUGCUAGUGCACCCAAGGGUAUUUUGAGAACCCCAGCCACCAUUCAGCAGUUCCAACAAGUACCAGCCCAGCCUGGUCAGACGUCCCCACUCCUGCAGUACUUCGGUAUCUUGCUGGACAAAGGUCAGCUGAACAAGUAUGAAUCCCUCGAGCUGUGUAGACCAGUUCUCCAACAAGGCAGGAAACAACUCCUUGAAAAAUGGCUGAAAGAAGAAAAGCUGGAGUGUAGUGAAGAACUGGGAGAUUUGGUGAAAAGUGCAGACCCCACCUUGGCAUUAUCUGUAUACCUCAGAGCUAAUGUACCAAACAAGGUGAUCCAAUGUUUCGCGGAAACAGGACAGUUCCAGAAGAUUGUACUGUAUGCGAAGAAAGUUGGUCAUACCCCAGAUUACAUAUUCCUUCUACGUAACAUAAUGAGGAUGAACCCCGAGCAGGGCCUCCAGUUUGCCCAGAUGCUUGUACAAGAUGAUGAGCCACUUGCUGAUCUUAACCAGGUAGUGGAUGUGUUUAUGGAGUUUAACUUGAUCCAGCAAUGCACAUCAUUCCUUCUUGAUGCCCUGAAGAACAACAGACCAUCUGAGGCCCCUCUUCAGACCAGGCUUCUAGAAAUGAACCUUAUGUCAGCCCCACAGGUAGCCGAUGCUAUUCUAGGUAACCAGAUGUUCACUCACUAUGACAAGGCACACAUCGCUCAGCUCUGUGAGAAAGCUGGUCUUCUACAGAGGGCCUUGGAGCACUACACAGACCUGUAUGACAUAAAGAGAGCAGUUGUACAUACACAUCUUCUUAACCCAGAGUGGCUAGUAAACUAUUUUGGUUCACUGUCUGUAGAAGAUUCUCUAGAAUGUUUGAAGGCUAUGUUAUCAGCUAACAUCCGUCAGAACCUGCAAGUGUGUGUACAGAUAGCAUCUAAAUACCAUGAACAACUCACCACUAACUCUCUCAUUGAAUUGUUUGAGUCAUUCAAGAGCUUUGAAGGUCUCUUCUAUUUCCUUGGAUCUAUAGUUAACUUCAGUCAGGAUUCAGAUGUACAUUUCAAGUAUAUUCAGGCUGCGUGUAAAACCGGGCAGAUUAAAGAAGUGGAGAGAAUUUGUCGUGAGAGCAAUUGUUAUGACCCAGAGAGAGUGAAAAACUUCCUUAAGGAGGCUAAAUUGACUGACCAACUGCCACUGAUCAUCGUGUGUGACAGAUUUGACCUGGUGCAUGACCUUGUUCUAUACUUGUACAGAAAUAGUCUACAAAAAUACAUUGAAAUCUAUGUACAAAAGGUGAAUCCAUCCCGUUUACCUAUUGUUAUUGGUGGUCUGUUGGAUGUAGAUUGCUCGGAAGAUGUCAUCAAGCAACUUAUCUUGGUUGUGAAAGGUCAGUUCUCCACUGACGAACUUGUUGCCGAGGUGGAGAAGAGGAACAGACUCAAACUUCUACUGCCCUGGUUGGAGAUGCGCUCACACGAGGGUGUCAAUGAACCAGCCACUCACAAUGCUCUAGCCAAAAUCUACAUUGACAGUAACAACAACCCAGAAAGAUUCCUCAAAGAGAACCAAUACUAUGACAGUAAAGUUGUAGGUAAAUAUUGUGAGAAGAGAGACCCACAUCUUGCUUGUGUAGCUUAUGAACGUGGACAGUGUGACAUGGAACUUAUCAAGGUGUGCAAUGAGAAUUCAUUGUUCAAGAGUGAAGCUAGAUACCUCGUGAGAAGACGCGACCCAGAUCUCUGGGCGGUCGUCCUACAGGAAGACAAUGAGUACAGACGUCAGCUGAUUGACCAGGUUGUGCAGACCGCUCUGUCCGAGACCCAGGACCCCGAGGACAUCUCUGUGUCAGUGAAAGCUUUCAUGACCGCUGACCUACCAAACGAGCUUAUUGAACUUCUGGAGAAGAUUGUCCUGGAUAGCUCAGUCUUCAGUGAACACAGAAACUUGCAGAACUUGUUGAUCCUGACAGCCAUCAAGGCAGACAGAAGUCGUGUGAUGGAGUAUAUUAACAGAUUAGAUAACUACGAUGCACCAGACAUAGCUAACAUCGCCAUCACUAAUGAACUGUACGAGGAAGCAUUUGCCAUCUUCAAGAAGUUUGAAGUCAAUACUUCAGCUAUUCAGGUACUUAUUGAGCAUGUGAACAAUUUGGACAGAGCUUACGAGUUUGCAGAGAGAUGUAACGACCCUGCAGUAUGGAGCCAGCUUGGUCGCGCUCAGUUGAACGGAGGUCUUGUUAAGGAAGCUAUUGACUCGUUCAUCAAGGCUGAUGACCCGACACAGUACAUGGAGGUUGUCAAUGUAGCAAGUAGUAGUGACAACUGGGAGGACCUUGUCAAGUAUUUACAGAUGGCCCGUAAGAAGGCCAGAGAGACAUUCAUUGAAACAGAAUUGGUGUAUGCUUUUGCCAAAACCAACCGACUUGCUGACCUGGAAGAAUUUAUUUCUGGACCAAACCAUGCUAACAUUACACAGGUGGCUGACCGUUGUUUUGAUGACAAGAUGUACGAGGCUGCUAAACUACUGUACAACAAUGUAUCUAAUUACGCUCGUCUCGCUAUAACUCUAGUCCACUUGGGAGAAUACCAGGGAGCCGUAGAUGGUGCUCGUAAAGCCAACAGCACAAGAACAUGGAAAGAGGUGUGUUUUGCGUGUGUGAACAAUGAGGAAUUCCGUCUAGCACAGAUGUGUGGUCUACAUAUAGUGGUUCACGCUGAUGAGCUCGAGGAACUGAUCAAUUACUACCAGGAUAGGGGUUACUUUGAGGAACUCAUUUUAUUACUAGAGGCAGCAUUAGGAUUAGAAAGAGCACAUAUGGGCAUGUUUACAGAAUUAGCCAUUUUAUACUCCAAAUUUAAACCAGGAAAGAUGAGAGAACAUUUAGAACUAUUCUGGUCGAGAGUAAACAUUCCAAAGGUCCUUAGAGCUGCUGAACAGGCACAUUUGUGGCCAGAACUCGUUUUCUUGUACGACAAGUACGAGGAAUAUGACAAUGCCAUUCUGACCAUGAUGAAUCAUCCGACAGAAGCCUGGCGCGAGAGUCAGUUCAAGGAUAUCAUUACAAAGGUGGCGAAUAUUGAGUUGUACUACAAGGCCAUUCAGUUCUACCUGGAUUUCAAACCACUUCUUCUGAACGACCUCCUGAUGGUCCUCACCCCUCGUCUAGAUCAUACUCGUUCUGUUACCUUCUUUGAUCGCGUCAACCAGAUUCCUCUAGUUAAACCAUACUUACGGGCUGUGCAAAAGAACAACAACAAGGCCAUUAAUGAGGCCCUGAACAAUCUAUUCAUUUUAGAAGAAGAUUAUCAAGGUCUACGCGCGUCCAUCGACGCGUACGAUAAUUUUGAUAAUAUAACGUUGGCCCAGAGGCUGGAGAGGCACGAGUUAAUAGAGUUCCGUAGAAUAGCAGCUUAUCUUUACAAAGGCAACAAUAGAUGGAAACAAUCAGUGGACCUAUGCAAAAAGGAUAAACUCUUUAAGGAUGCAAUGUUAUAUGCUGGAGAGUCUAGAAAUAUAGAUAUAGCGGAGGAUUUGAUAGCCUGGUUUUUAGAGAACAAAUACCACGAGUGUUUUGCUGCGUGUCUAUUCCAAUGUUACGACCUGCUCCGACCAGACGUCAUCUUAGAGCUGUCCUGGAGACACAAUAUCAUGGACUUUGCCAUGCCCUACAUGAUACAAGUUAUAAGAGAAUAUAUUAGCAAGGUUGACAAACUAGAACAGUCAGAGAAUGUCAGGACAGAAGAAGAGGAAAAAGCAGUGGAACAACCUAUUGUAUUUGCGGAGCCACAGUUGAUGUUAACUGCUGGACCACAAAUGAUGGCUGCCCCACCGCAGGGAGUGUAUGGUCAGCAACCAGGAUAUGGAAUGCCACCUGGUGGAAUGCCAGCUGGUGGCAUGCCACAACAACCUUACGGAUAUAACAUGUAACUCCCUAGGAAAUACAGAACAUUUCAGUAGAUUAUCAUUUAAAAACAUAUUUAACUCUGUUCUAGAAUAGGAUGGAGAAUUACAUUUUUAAGUCUUUUCAUGAUCAUAUUUACUAGGUAAAAAAUUUGUUUGACUUUGGAAAUGAUGCUUUGGCGAGCUUUCGGAGAAAUGCGUAACAGAGAUUGCAAUAGAGAUAGGGACUAAACUAUACCGUAAUGCUGUUGAAAGAUUGAUCUAUGACGGGACCCAGUUUUGAUGUGUGCAUAUUUAUUGUUAUAUUUUGAAAAUGUUGCAGUACUAUAAUGAGAAGUGUGUUUAUAAAUAUUGUUGUCAGUUGAAACAAAAAAGUGUGAAUGCUGAGGAGAAUAUGUUACUUAUGAAAUGCUUUAAUGUUGUUUGUUAAGUGUAAGUUGGUGUAUAGCAUACAGAAUAUACACAACUUUGAUUAUCUAGUGUGUAAAUCGAUUUAUAAUUCGGAAAUUGUUAUGUGCAAAAAUUCAAGCUCUCCUUUUGUAUUAUAGCUUUUAUCAGGCAUUUGAAUUAUAUUUACUAAUCUUAUUGCACUUUAAAUUGUAUUCUGCAUAACCAAAAAAGUACAUGUAGCUUAUGAGAAAAUAAGUUUGCAGAUCUCUAUUUUUUAUGUGUGUUUAUAUACAGAAUUUUAGAGAAUUUCUUGCAGGCUUUUCAAAGGUAUGAAAUCCUUUGUUGAAAUUAUGAUAGUUAAAACAGAAAUUUAGUGGAUGAUCAAAGUUAGUUAUUGUGUAACCACUGAGAAAAUAAUCAUGGCCCAAAAAUAGCCUGAAAUUUAAAUUUAUGUUAUACAUUAUUGUUUGUAAUUUUGUUAUUUUAAAGAUAGUUUUAUUUAUUCAUACUCAUUAUAGAAAGUUCUGUUUAUUUAUAAAUUGACCCCCCAUAUUAGUCUUAAAAGUAUAAAAUUCUUGUUAGUUGAAUUAGUAUUUCCCAUCAGUUUAUGUUUAGAAAUUGUUUUUAAGAUUAUUUCAUGAAUUUCUUUUAUUUGCAUGCAUUAAAGAAGUGUAUGUACACAAAAUUUCUUAAGUAAUAUAGGAAAGUGCUAAAUAGUUUCAUUCAUUGAUUUUAAAGUUGAAUUUUGCAGUGUAAUAUUGCUGGAGUAAUUGUGCAGCAGAAAUUUAGUGAUUUAUUUUUACGUUGUUUUUUUUGUUUGUUACAAAUAGGUUUUUCCUUGGCUACUGUUAGAAAAUUUAUAUGGAUAUUAGAUGUUAAUAUAAAGAAUACUGUUGUAUGACACCUGCGUAAGUUUUACUGAUAGAGCACAUAUUUUAGACAGGUAUUUGAUGUUGUUAUGAAUUUGCUUCUUUACAGGACAAUAUGAUGUCUAUUUAUAGAUUAUAGGUAUCUAUUUAUAGAAAUAAAAUCUAUUUAUAGAAUAUAGAUAUCUAUAUAUAGAUCACUGAUGUGGAAUUAUAGAUAAGGUGUUAGGAAUUUAGGACAUUUGAUGACCAUGGUAAAAUAUUCAAUACCUUCCUGGCAAAGCUUUUGGAGUGAAACAAUUGUUGUUUUUGGAUAAUAUAUAUAUAUAUGUUAUACAUUCAUAUUGAAUAUUGUGCAAAUAAUGGUGUAUAUACUCCUUAGACAAAGAAAUUCAAUAUAAUCUACAUGGUUAACUUUUUCCCUUUUUCCCCAUAAAAUCAUUUAUUUGAAAUUCAUAUACUGUUUCAGCGAAUCAAAAGCUGUGUUUGUAUGUAAACGAUACAAGUGAGUUCGUAAUAGAUUAGAAUCCAAUCAGAUACAUUGUAAGAUGUGAUUAAAUUGUGUCGUGAUUUCUGAUUGGCCGUAAAUUUUAAUGUGUAUCAGUAUGAAAAAAGAGUAUAGCUGUAAACAUGUAUUUCCAAUACACAAAUAGUAAUAAACAUGAAUAAUUGUAAA